CUGGCCCGCGCCCGUUGAGGUCUGUUGUGGGGCGGUCACCCGGGCUCGUUUUGCGGUAGCCGAGAGGUGCAAAGACUCCAGUGAUGUCGGAAGCAACUCCAAGGAAACCCAAUACUGCAGAUGGUGUGUAUUUUGAUGACCCAGAGCUGCCGGAGGGCUGGACCAGGAAAUGUGUGCAGAGAUCUACAGGCCAGUCAGCAGGCAAAUGGGAUGUCUAUGUCUACAACCCAAUGGGACGCAAGUUUCGCUCGCAGAACGAGGUGCGCAGGUACCUGGAGCAGAUUGGCAGCGAGCUCUGCCCCGACCUCUUCUCCUUCAACCCGUACGCGCAGGCGGGUACGCCCGGCGGACGCCGUCGCACCCCGGCCGCUGCCGCCGUCAACCCCAAGCUCCCAGUCGCCAAGCCGAAGGUGUCCAUCGCCAAGCCCAAGGUGUCUGUCACCAAGCUGACCGCAAAGAAGGUGCUGGAGCGCGGCAAAGCGGUGAAAGCGAGGCGCGGCCGGCCGCCCGGCUCUGGCGCCGGCGCCGGCGCCGACGCCAAGCCCAAAAUGAAGCUCAAGUUUGACUUUGCGAAGCGGCGCGGGCCGGUGCCGGGCGGCACGCGCCGGCCGGUGGGGCGGCCGCCGGGGCGGCCACCGGGGCCGCGCGCUAUCAAGCCGCCGCCGCCGCCGGCGCCGGCGCCGCCCGCACCCAGACCGACGCCGCCCGCACCCAGGGCAGAACCGCCUGCACCCAAAGCGACACCGCCCGCACCCAAACCCACACCGCCCGCAACCAAACCGCGGCCGCCUGCCCAACGACCGACACCCACCGUGCACAGGCAGGGGACGCCGGGACGCAAGCCGGGAACCCGGCCGCCGGCCUCGUCAGCUGCCGCACACAAGGGCGUUUCGGCACCGACUCGCCGUCACUGGGUGCCGCCACAGUCGCCGUACGAACUGGUGCAGGAGAAGUACUUCAAGGACCCGUGGAAGCUGCUCAUCGGCACCAUCUUCCUCAGCAAGCCGUCAGACGCGUCGCCCGAUGACGUGUGGGGCGACCCGCCGCCGGUGCUGGAGUGCCGCCGCGCCCGACCGCUGCUCGAGGCGUUCUUCCAGCGGUGGCCGACGGCGAAGGCGGCGCGCGCCGCCGCGCCGGCUGAGGUGCAGCAGGUGAUCGAGCCGCUUCAGCUGGGAGACCAGGCCGCCCAGCUGAUCAUCAGGUUCUCAGACGAUUAUGUCUCCAAGAAGUGGAAGUCGCCGCGGGAGCUGCACGGCAUCGGGCGGUACGGCAGCGACGCCUAUAAGAUCUUCUGCCUGGGCCAGUGGAAGCAGGUGCGACCGCUCGACCACAUGCUCAACCUGUACCACAACUGGCUGUGGACCAACUACAAAGCGCUGCGGCUAGACUGAGGGCCGGCCGCUUUUUGCCGCAGCUGGACUGAGGGCCGGCCGCUGUGCGCGGCGGCUGGAGGCGCCCACCCGCUGGCCGCCGCGGUCCGUGCGCAGGCGCCGUUCAGCGCUUUUACUCCGAUGAUUUUACCGGGCGGACAUGGAACGAGCGGCGCUAUGCGUCCUGUUGGGCGCAUGCUGCGGUAGCGCGGUCGCCGCGGUCCCCCUGUUGGUGCGCCAGAACGAUCAUCUCUGCCCAUCGUCACGCACCUGCCGUCUACUGCCUGUGGUGGGGCCCGUGAUCUCGCGUCUGACCGGCAGCAUGUGCAGAACAAUACACUGCGAGUUCAUGCAUAUCACAGGUGCAUCGGUCGGAGCGUGUGGAGGUAAGACGAAAACGACACCUUUUUAGGGAGCAGGGCACAUUUUCACAUGGAUUUCAAGUUUGGGUACCGGUGCGUUUUUGUAAGGAGUAUCAGCAAAGUUGUUUCAUGCUUGGAAAUGUCAGUAUGGAUGGCUGAAUAAGCUGGGAAACAAGGGACAUUGUGGCGACUUUCCGGCGGCAUAAGUCAUGCGGAGAUGUCUUCGCAGGUUUGGUGCGUCAGCGCCAUAGCGCUAGCUCACAGCUAACGCGGCGAGUUACUUGGUUACGUGAUCACUUGGAAGUUACUUGGUUACUUGGCCAGUUACGACUCACUAAUAUACUUGAGAGCAGGGAGGAAUAGACUGGUCAUACAGCUUCCAUCGCGACAGUCACCGCUCGUGAGGCGCCUGCCAGCCGGGCUCCGGGGGUGGGGGAGGGGGGUAUACUGCACGCUCACUGCGUGGUCAUGAAGCGCCCAUUACAAUUGUCAUGUACAAACGUGAUGCCGGCCGCGCGUUCUCGGGGAGCGAUGUAGCUACGCAGUUCUCUGCCUGUCAGCUCUACGUGCAGUCGCCUCGCUUUUUAACCUGGGGGCCAAGCAGUGCGAGAUCAAACGAUCGUGAAGACACGGUCAAACUAGUGUCAGCAUGUCAGGCUGGGAAAGGCAUGAUUGUGUAAUCAUUGGUCGUGUCUAGCUUUUGGACCGCAAGCGUACAAGGAAAUGAAGCUUAGGUUUUCCCACGAUGACCACCUUUGCCUCCGCCUGUUAUAGUCAAUACCCUGCCCCGUGGUCCUAGCCAGGGUCUAGUAACGCGGGCGGCAGGUUCACAUUAGCCAAGCGUUGUUUGUCGGCUUACGUGUAAACGUUGAGGGCCAAAAAGAAAAUACUAACCAGUCAGUUGCCUUGA